ACUCAUGGAGCAGAACGACCAGCUGGACCGCAAGGUCCAGGAGCUGACGGCCGACUUCACUGCGGCAGGUGUCCGCAAGGACACUGCGGCUGAGCAGCGGGCGGUGCAGCAGCGCCUCAUCGAGAAGCGUCGCAGGCUGGAGGAGGCCAUGGCUGCGUCGUUCGAGCGUCUGGGUGAGCUGGAGCGGCUUGAGGGCGAGAGGCAGCGACAGGCGAGGCAGCAGGAGUACGACGCAGUGACAAAAUGCAUCAUUUGUAUGGAUAGAGACAAGUGCAUCGCCGUCUUGCCCUGCGGUGAGAUGGGAGGGAAAAGGGACGGAAUGACACACAGCUUCUUUCUUUGUGUGACUACUUCUUUCAUUGGUUCGCUCAGGUCACGUGUGCCUGUCGAGGUCUUCCGGGACACAUUGGUGGCCCACUACGCCGCCGUGACGCCAGACAACGACGAGGAGGAGGACGACGUCCACCGCGGACGCUGCCCCAAGUGCAGACGCGCCAUCAGCAGCUUCACAUAGCGGCUGUACGUCGGCUGAAGCACCGACCGACCGCAUAGCAAGCAUCACCACCAGACAUGUAUGCAAUGGACCCCUGGAUGCGCAUGUGUGUGUAUGCAUGUAAGCGAGUG